AUGGAUCUUGAAACAGCGUCAGAAUGCAACACUACAGCAAACUUCACCGUAAAUGUUUCGUCCUGUCCCCAACCUAUACCAGCGCCGCCAUCAGGACCCAUCGUCAAUCCUUACAACGAGUUCUACAAGUUCGCUUUUGGUUCCGCAAUCUACAUGAUCAUUGUCUCAUUUAUAAACGUCGUGGCAAAUGGCUUUUUACUUCUGGUUUUCUUCAUUGAUCCUUUGAAAAUUUUUCGCAACGCCACCACUUAUUUCCUGAUCGGUAUUGCCUUCGUUGAUAUUUUCAUUGCCGCAACGCAACAACCCAUGUACAGCACAUGUUUCAUAAUGAUGCAUAUUCGUCACCCUGACACUGUUAAAACAUGUACAGAUCUCUUGAACAUAGGACAAACGAUGUCGCUUACUGCCAUGAACGCGUCUUUUCUUAUCGUAUUGGCCUUUACUGUCACACAGUACAUUGUGGUGAUUUCACCUCUGAAUCACGCGCGAAAGGUGACGAAAACGCGCGUGAUCAUCUGCGUGUUAGCCAUUUACGCCUAUGCUAUACUGUUCAGUGUAUCUCCAGAAAUGGGCGUCCCCAGAGAUAUCCAACAAAAAAUUGAUAACACGUUUCACUCCAUCGCCCUGAUAUAUCUGACCAUAAUCUUCUACAUCCUCCUGUACAUUGCUUUCAAGAAAAAAAUGGCCGCUUCUAAGCGUCUUCGAGAAGACCGCAGCACGCAAGAGGAAGAAAAGAAUGAUAGGCAAACGGGUGUGGAGCGUAAGUUUAUCAUUGUCAAUUUCCUUCUGAUUGCCAUCUUGUUUCUGACCUCUCAGCCUUCAGCCAUGUUGUGGAUUAUCCGUUUGUACUCCAACGAAGAUGUUAACAGUCCAAAAGUUUUGAUUAUCAAUCUCUGGGUUGAUAACAUGCUUUACGUGAAAUUCCUGCUUGACCCGUUUGUGUACGCGUGGAGAAUUCCCAAAUAUCGCCAGGCUCUUAGGAUCAUGCUGCGCUGUGGCGGAGAGGAGACUAGGAACAAGUCAACGUCCAGUGAACUCGUUAUGGCCCGGAUGAGCACUUCACGUGAGACUGUCAUCACUCUUGACUUGAAGAGGAUUUUCCCUAAAUAA